ACUUGGUCUCUUCUUUGUUCUUGCAUCCUAGCGAAACCCUAGAUCAGAAAAUUUGGGGGAAAUGCAACUCUGAGCCUCUGAUUCUUUUCCCCCUGAACUUCUACUUCGUCGUCUAAGUUUUACCACAAGUGAAAUUCGCUCUUGUUUGCCUCCAAGAUGAAGGCAAUGAAAAACCACUGCUCUUGCUGCGAGCUGGGGAAAGCCAGAAAAAGGCGCCGCGGGGAAGAAGAAGAAGAUCAAGAUACUACUCCUAAGGACAGGUUAAGCCGUCUUCCAGACUUCAUAAUUCACCACAUCCUUUCUUUUCUCGACACCAAAUCGGCCGUUCAGACCUCUGUCUUGUCCCGAGUAUGGCGAUGCGCUUGGAAACAUGUCCCUGUCCUCGACCUGCGCAGUGAAUCCUUCAAACGAUAUUCAAGGUUCCAACUGUAUGUAGACAAGGUUUUGUCGCUCCGCUAUCCCGUUAAUCUCCACAAGCUAAGCUACUUAUCAGAAAAGGAUAUGUCUCUGUCUUUUCUUAUUCCUAUGAAGAAACGAGACUAUGCUCAGUUUGUCAGGGCGAUCGAGUAUGCCUUGCGCCAUGAUACACAGCAUUUAUCAAUUAACCUGAACCACAGGUUGCAUUACGAUGAGUACUACGAAUCCCCCAAUUUGUUCAGCACCACCUUGAAUUGCAAUCUCAAAACUCUUGAACUAGAUAAUAUCGCCACCGACAUUCGAUUUCUAUCUUUUGGCUUUCGGACUCUGUCUACGUUGAAACUGGGUGGGUGCUCCCUCUUUUUCCACCACGAGGAGGACCUUGAUCCAUUCUCGAACUUACCCUGUCUCCAGGAUUUGGCAGUGAUAGAGAGCUUUAAUAGGCUGCCUCAGCAUUUGAGUGAAAUGCGUUUCAAGGUUUCGGGGCUCCAAUUGCUUAGUCUGGUGCUCGAAAGUGCGGAUUUCUGCAAGAUUGAAGUUUGUGCCCCAAAACUCAAGUCGUUCCGUUUUAGGGAAGACGAUGAUGGUGAAACAUUCAUAUCCUUGGUGUUAAGUGCUCCUUCCCUUGAUCAUGCUGAUAUUUCGGUCUAUCCCCAUAUUUCGGUACAUGGCCAUGAGUGUGUGAAGGAACGUUUAGUCUCAUUGUUCAGAGGUUUACAUAAUGUAGAAUCUCUGACGCUGCACUCAAUUCUACUUAAGGUUCUAAGUGAUUUGGAUGCGUUUCUGGAACAACAACCCUCUCCCUUCACGAGAUUGAAGUUACUGAAGCUGCCGUCAACCAGCAUACAUUACAAAGUGGCCAACUACUUUUUUAAAGGAUCCUCCUGUGCAAAACCGGUAAUUGAGCUUUUUAUGAGGAAAAUCAGUUAUUAAGUAGCUGACCACUUUGUCCUAGUUUGUGAUCAUUAUUGUACAAAGCGGGUUCGAGUUUUCUUCCCUUUUUAUGGAGUUCAUUGAGGAAUAGUUUGAUCUGAUCGGUACUUGGUUGCUUAUCCUUUUAUCAGAUUGUUCCUAGCCAAUCUGGUGCAGACAGCAUUUGCACUCUGUCCUUUUUGAAUUCUCAAUUAACGUCUCGACUGUUAGUUAACUAUUGAUG